AUGUAUAUGUUCGAAGGAGAAUAUCGAAGAAAACCGGAACAAUGUCUUUCAGGUGCUAGUAUUGUAACGGAAAGAAAUGAAUUAUUGCAACAUGUUCGCCAGCAACGUUUGAAACGGGAAGAAUGUAGAAAACGUACCAAAUGUACUGUUUUAAUUCAGGCAUUUGCACGAGGGUAUUUAACAAGAAAGAAAUUUAAACAAAUUGAAAGGAUUUCUUUUGAUUCAAUUCUUCAGGAGUCUGAUUUAAAAAAUAAUAUCAAUGAAAAAACUUUGGGUUUGCUAGUUAAAAAACUUCUUUUUUUUUAUGAUGGUGAAAAAGAUGAUAGUAGGCUGGUGACAAUAUCACAAAGCAUUUUGAAAGCCAAAAAUAGGAUUAUAAAAUUGUCAGAAAUAACAAAUAGCUCUUGGUCUUGGCAUCUUCAAAGGUUAUUAAAUUUAAACAUAGGACAAAUGUUAUCUUCAGUCAAAUUUAGAAGCCCCGAUUCAAUAGCAGUGUCAUUAAGAAUGUUAGAAAUAUUUACUUCCAUGGAAGUUAUUAAAAAUGUACUAAAUGAAGAAAAAGCUAAGAUUUUAGUAGCUAGAAUAUUUAUUUACCUUGUUGGAAAAAAUUAUUUUAAAAGCCUUAAAUUUUUAAUCGAUGAAAAAACUCCUCCUUUAUUAUGUGAAUCUGUUGAACCUCCCACUCCUUUGAUUGCUUGUUUGUUUGAUUUACUGUUAAGACCAUUGCAAUUAGUAGAUGUUGUAUCAUCAUCAGAAUUCAGCAUUUUUUUAAAGCAUUUGUGUAAGGAUGUUUUCUCACCGAAAUUAUCAGAAUCAAUGAAAUUAUUUGUAAUUCCUGCUUUUGCCGAAUUAUCAUCUUUCCCUUAUUUUCAAAUGCUAGAAUUUUUAAGAGAUUGCAAAGUUAAUGGUAACAUGAAAGAUGGAUAUUCAAGCUUAUUUUCAUCUAGCAUGCUGUUUACCGUUUUGUACUUGGAAAAGAAACAUUUCUGGUUACACUUUCCUCCCAGUUUGGGUGAAUUGACAUGUUAUCUUCAAGUAAUUGCUCCUCUAUCUGCAAAUGCGAGUAAAUUAAAUAAAACAAUAAUUAACGAAGAUGAAGAGGAUGAAUUAGGUGAAUUCGAAGUUGAUAAAAUAGAUAACACCAUUCUGGAAUCUUGCAUUAGUAUGUUAAAUGAUCCGAUAAAAAUAAAUAAUCUAUUAACGUUGAUUGACGAAACGGAAGAACCAUUAAUUCUUCAAGCUCUGUGUGAAAUUUGUUAUAAUUUGCUCAUAUCAAAUAAACUGGCCGUUUAUAAAUAUAGAUUAUUAUAUUUGUUGGCUUUCAAACCUUCGUUUUUGAGACAUUUAUGGUCCGCCAUACAACGUGUCAAUCAAAUAUCAGUUUUUGGUAGUGCUACACCUCUCAUAAAUUUCAUAUCCAGAGGAAUUCAUUUAAGUUCUGACGAGUCUGAAAGGCUCAUCCUUUUGUUGGCUGUAUUUUGCGCUCUUUUUAGUCUUUUAAUUUCAAUCCUUCACGAUUCUGAAUUUUACGGAGACGAAAAUGGUUCCGGUUCGAGUCAAACAAUGCCAUUCACUCUACAACAGCUGGUUGCGAUUACAGGACAGUUAAAAGAUAUUUCAUUGGGUUUAGUUGAUUUGGCUUUUCCAGAUUCCAGACCCGCAGUCAAAGAACAUAUUCGUGGAAUAGAAUAUUCUAUUUCUUUUCACCAGCCACAUUUGUGGUCAAAUCUAUUUAAGGUUGUUGUAAAUUUAGUCCGACAAUUACAUGCUCGAGACAAUCGGCGGCCUUUUUGUCCCGAAGAUCAUUGGAUAUCUAAACAAGUUCAAAUUAUAUAUCAACCCUCUGAACUGCCAUUUCGAAAAAAACGUUUGAGGGGAUAUCGUCCCUUUCACGGUUUACGUGCUCUAUCUAGAGAAGAAUUAGAGGAUGGUGGUCCACCAUUAACAACAAAAGAAGUGCGAACUGCUACUCUAUUGAUGGAAUUACCAUUUUUGGUACCUUUUCAAGAAAGAGUCAUGGUUUUUCAAACGAUAAUUUUAAAAGAUAAAAUGGAACAUCAAGGAGAAGCGACUCGUUUUUUACAGGGACCCAUAAUUGAAGUUUCAAUUAGAAGAAAUUAUAUAUACGAAGAUGCCUUUGAAAAACUUUCCAUUGAAAGUGAGCCCGAAAUGAGACUAAAAAUGAGAGUUCAACUUUUUAAUAGCGUCGGUUUGGAAGAAGCAGGUCUUGACGGUGGCGGAUUAUUUCGCGAAUUUUUAUCCGAACUAUUAAAAACGGCUUUCGAUCCGAAUCGUGGAUUUUUCAGGUUGACCAAGGAUAAUCUCUUGUAUCCUAAUCCUCAUGUACAUUUAAUUCUAGAUGAUUUUCCGAGACAUUAUUUUUUCAUUGGGCGAAUGUUGGGAAAAGCUUUAUACGAGAAUUUAUUAGUGGAAUUGCCUUUUGCCGAAUUUUUCCUUUCGAAACUUGUCGGCAGGCAUUCUGACGUCGAUAUUCAUCACUUGGCAUCUUUAGAUCCACUCAUGUAUAGAAAUUUAUUGUUUUUAAAAAGUUACGAAGGUGACGUUUUGGAUUUAGGAUUAGACUUUAUAAUAAUUAAUGAAGAAUUAGGCGAAACUAGAAUUGAAGAAUUGAAACCUGGAGGAAAAUCAAUCCCAGUUACAUCAGCCAAUAGAAUAGAAUAUAUUCAUUUAAUGGCAGAUUACAAACUUAAUAAACAAAUAAGAACUCAAUGCGUGGCUUUUAAACAAGGUCUUACAAACGUAAUUCCUUUGGAAUGGAUUCAAAUGUUUAAUAACAAAGAACUCCAGGUACUGAUAUCAGGUGCGGAAAUUCCCGUGGACGUUAAAGAUUUGAGAGAACACACAAAAUACGCUGGAGGAUAUACCGAAGAACAUGCCACCAUUAAAUUAUUUUGGAAAGUUGUGGAUAAUUUUACGGAUGCGCAAAAAAAACAAUUGUUGAAAUUUGUGACCAGUUGCUCUCGUCCUCCUCUUUUAGGAUUCAAAGAAUUAGAUCCGCCAUUUUGUAUUCAAAGAGCGGGAAACAUUGAUCGAUUGCCUACUGCAAGUACUUGUAUGAAUUUGUUAAAACUUCCAGAAUUUUCUGAUGAAAAACUAAUGACGGACAAACUCGUGUAUGCAAUACAAUCAGGAGCAGGAUUCGAAUUAAUUUAA